AUGGUACUUUCUUCCUGCUCUUUAACAUGGACUUCACCUUCCUUAUCCCAUAAACUAAACUUGCCACAUUCAAAUCGGUUGCUUCGGAACACUCCAACUUCAUCUUCUAACAAUGUCUCUUGUUCAAUGGAAACAUCUUCAAGUUCAGAAAGUAAGAGCUUGAGAAGACCUCUACUGUUGGGCAUAGGAGCAUUAGCAGCAAGUUUGCAGCCAACAAAGUUACUCUUUGCUGAUGAAAUACCGGACAGAUAUAGAGCUUUUGUCGACUCUUCAGACGGAUAUUCUUACGUUUAUCCCUCGGAUUGGAAAGAAUUUGACUUCCGAGCGCAUGAUUCUGCAUUCAAAGACAGAUAUUUGCAGUUACAGAAUGUAAGGGUGAGAUUCAUACCAACUGAGAAGAAAGAUAUAAGAGAUUUGGGUCCAAUAGAAGAGGUUGCAACUUUUUUGGUGAAACAUAGAUAUUCUGCACCAAACCAAAUACCAAGAAUAUAUGACAUGCAGGAGCGGACGAUAGAUGGAAAACAUUACUAUACAUUUGAAUAUGUAAUUGAAUCGCGAAAUUACGCUAGUGCCUCCUUUACAACACUUGCCAUAGGAAAUGGAAGGUCCUACACAUUGACUGUUGGAGCCAAUGAAAGGAGAUGGAAAAAAGUACGAAAUCAGCUUAAAGUGGUAGCAGACUCCUUUAGACUCAUAGACAUUUGA